AUGAAUAGAGUGGUAUUGUUGGUCGGUAAAUCCACUUUCUUCCAAUCUGUCACCAGAUGUCCUCUUGGUAACCCCGCCAACUACCCAUUCGCUACCAUCGAACCUGAAGAAGCUCGUGUCAUUGUUCCUUCUCCCCGUUUCGACGCUUUGUGCCAAAAGUACAAGCCAGCCUCUGAGGUUCCUGCCCAUAUCACCGUUUUCGAUAUUGCCGGUUUGACCAAGGGUGCUUCUAAGGGUGAGGGUCUUGGUAACGCUUUCUUGUCCAACAUUCGUGCUGUCGAUGCUAUUUACCAAGUUGUCAGAUGUUUUGAUGAUGCCGAAAUUAUCCACAUUGAGGGAGAUGUCAACCCCACUCGUGAUUUGCAAAUUAUUCUUGAUGAGUUGCGUUUGAAGGAUAUCGAGUUCGCUCAAAGACACCGCGAAACUGUUGAGAAGGUCACCAAGCGUGGUGGUCAAUCUCUUGAAGUCAAGGCCAAGAAGAUGGAGUUGGAGACUGUUGACAAGAUCAUUAAGUACCUUGAAGAUGGUAAGAGAAUUGCCAACGGUACUUGGACUACUAAGGAAGUCGAGAUCAUCAACAGCAUGCUUCUCUUAACAGCCAAGCCUGCCAUUUACUUGGUUAACUUGUCUGAGCGUGAUUAUAUUCGUAAAAAGAACAAGUUCUUGCCUGCUAUCAAGGAAUGGAUUGAUAACAAUUCUCCUGGCGAUAUCAUUAUUCCUAUCUCUGUUUCUCUUGAGGAGAGAUUGUCUCAGAUGGAGACUGACGAGGAGCGUGAGGAAGAGCUCAAGAAUUUGGGCACCCAAUCUGCCUUGCCCAAGAUUGUUACUACUAUGAGAAAGGCACUUAACCUUAUUUCUUUCUUCACCUGUGGUGCUGAUGAGGUCAGGGAAUGGACUAUUAGACAAGGUACCAAGGCUCCUCAAGCUGCUGGUGUUAUCCAUAAUGAUUUGAUGGACACAUUUAUUCUUGCUCAAGUGACAAAGUACGAGGAUUUGAUCGAGCUUGGUGAUGAUGCUGCUGUCAAGGCUGCUGGUAAGUUACACCAAAAGGGUAAAGACUAUGUUGUCGAGGAUGGUGACAUCAUCUACUUCAGAGCUGGUGCUGGUAAAAAUUAG